GGUAUCAGAAGACUGAUUUUUUCUUUUUUGCGUUGUAGUUGCGGGCCGAACAACCCAGUGUUCCCUGUGUGGGGCGGGGCCGGUGCUCGUCACCCUGAGGGACUCCACGAGCUCCCAAAUCAUCUGAUUAUCUGUGUGUUUACUGGCCGCGAAGCACGUUAGUUCCCGGUGAUAAAGUGACAGUCAUUUCGCCAUUAGGCUUCGCGAGUAACCCUUCACGGGAACGUCGGAGCUCGUAAAGUCCCACGUUCCUCGUCCACAUUAACUCAAGUGAUUUCUACUAUUAGGAGAAAGAUGGCGCUGAAAUAUGAAACUCGCGGGCGAUUCUUGUUCAUGAGGGCCAAAGAGGAGACUUUCAAGUUACUGGCGAUGAGUCCCCACCAGAGGAGCGCCCUGAGCAUGCUGGUGGUGGCCUCCCACAUGGACAGCAGCCACCAGUGUGACGACCUGGUGCUGCUCCAGGUCCAGCACGAGGCAGCGGUCGUCCUGCCCACUCUUGUGGCCACCAGUUACAUCCCCAUGUCAUCCCUGGCGUGGGACUUGGUGCCCUGGAUAACCGGUCACCGCGACGAGCAGCUGCACGAACUGGUCAUCACCUCAGCAGGACAUGAGAUCAGAAUCAGUUUAUUCAGCGAGGAGGAGAGGGUUCUGAGGCCUCAGCGUGUGGUGACGUGCGGUGUACCAGUAGCAGCUUGGGCUCUACAGAAGUGGGUCCCUCGGAUUAUAUACGCGGGCGGAGCCGGGGCAGGCAAGAUAGACCUCGCGUUCCGUGAAAAUAAAGUUGAUGUGAAGGAUACAUUGCAGUUCCCACCGUGGAUGAAGGAGAAAAAGAAACCUUGUUUCCUGAGCAUUGGUUGUGUGGAAAGGAAGAAAGAAGUGCUGCUGGGAAGCUCGGAGGGCAAGAUCUACCUGUACGCCAUGGAGCAGUGUGUGGUGGAGACCGUGGGCGACAAGUUCACUCGCGUCAGGACUAUGACUGUGCCUUUUCCCGUGAACUCAUUACAAGUGUUGCCACGAGACCGAGGACUGAACAUGUUUCAAGUAGCGGCUGUGAGCACCUCUGGACAAGCUGCGGUGCUCACCUUUGAUAUGAGUUUUGAGUAUUGUAGCAUGUUUAGUCUGCAGCAGGAGAAGGUGUUCGAGGCCUCCUGGUGUCGGAAAGAGAGGUUCGCCUUCAUCACCACCCUCGACGAUAACAACCAGCUGCACCACUGGAAGGAAGUCGUUGAUGAGCCGGGCAAGUGGAUGCCUUUUGCUUGCAAGUUGCUGGAGGAUCGCGGAGUGAAGGUGUCUUGGAGUACUGCCAACCCUCACUGGCUCGCCUACAUCACCCAGACAUUAGUCGUCUUGGAAGACACAACGGAGCUGAUGACUCGGUGAAGUGCACCUGUCUUACAGCUGCUGUCGGCGCACCUGUCUUACAGCUGCUGUCGGCGCACCUGUCUUACAGCUGCUGUCGGCGCACCUGUCUUACAGCUGCUGUCGGCGCACCUGUCUUACAGCUGCUGUCGGCGCACCUGUCUUACAGCUGCUGUCGGCGCACCUGUCUUACAGCUGCUGUCGGCAUGAUUCAUCAGCCUCUGCAGACUCGACCUAUAUUUAACUUGGGACACAACCUCACAAUUUGCUCAAGAAAAGCGUCUUGGGUACGUCCCAAUUUGCUAAUCUGUGCACAUGUUAGCUUGUGAGGGCCAAAGGUAUAAUCAUCAAGUUUUGACGAUCACUUGUGAUCAUCGCCAUAAAGAGUGAUGACCAUUUAUGAUGACCACUGAUGUGAUUUAUAUAUGUUGGUGUCUAAUGUGUAGCUCAAGAUAGUGUA